GGAAGGUUCAGUACGGGGUCACAUCUACUGGCCCUAGAAACUCUCAACAAGACCUCGCCAACAUGUAAAACUUCCCACACCGCUAACGCAGGCAUUCCACAAUGAAUAAGUGUAGUGAAUGUGGUGGAACUUCAUUUAGCCUAAGUGGUGGUCUCAUGAUAUGUGACCAGUGUGGAGUAGAAAAGCAAGGCUAUAUUGAACUUCAAAGUCAAGAAUGUAUCUCCGAAGUGGAUCGUUCACGUUUAUCUAAAAAGAUUGUGAAUGAAGGUGAAACAAAAAGUGUUGAAGAAGAGAAAGAAUUAAAUAAUUGGACAUCAUAUGAAGCAUAUAAUAUUAUUCUUCAUGAAUGGACUCAAGCACUGUGUGGUCUUGGAGCAUCACCUCACUUCAAGCAGGUUGUAUUCAAGCUUUGGGCAAUGUAUCUUCAUCAUAAUGAGAUUGCCUUUUUGAAACCAGGACAUUCCCAUAAACCAAAUGUGCAACCAAAAGUUUCAUUUUUACAAAGCCCAAGAGAUGUCCAGCUGAUAAUCCAAGGGAAGAGAAGUGUGUCCCCCAUCUCAAAUGCUAGUAGCAAGCGUAAAAAGAAGAAGAAAAUUUCAUCCAGAAUGGAAAAGAUGAUUGAAAGGUUGGAGAGGCAUAAAACUCAUCAAGAAGAGAAUGUGAGGAAGAAAUCAUCAUCAAUAAGUAAUAUGUUAGCGACAGAGUUGAGUAAGUCACUGAAUGAGUUUGAGUUAUCUUCACUCAACCUUAAUACUUCAGCUUCAGUCCUUACUGAAGACUCUUCUGUAUAUACUGAGAACAUGUGCCAUCCAUCUGACACAUCAAAUAAUGGAUUCAAGACAGAGCAGACAUCUACUACUGCCAGCAGUGACGUGCAUAUUUACAGUUCUGAUAAUUCAGAGCCAAAAAGUGAAUGUCAGCCUCUUGCACCUAGAGCACGAGUACGUCGCAACAGGUUUGUCCGAAAUUGGAUAGAAAACCAUAAAGAAAUCUAUGAUACUGAAACUGAAAGUGAGAUGAGAGAUGCAAAUGAAGUUGCAGAUGGCAACAAUGAAACAGCAUUUGAUUGUGCCAUCUCAUAUUCAUCUUCCAAGGCAAAAUAUUCUCAGAAAUCAAGAGCUCAAAAGUGGUUAUCCCACUUCACUUCUGGUCAAAAACGCUACCUACGAGAAAAGCAGGCGUUCGAGCUGUCUUUUCGCAAACUUCUCGGCUUAUUAUACCUCGCAGUUCUAAUAUGCAAGGAAAAAAUUCUUUUGCUGGAUCUAAUCCGAUGGUGCCGGGAGGGACACAUUCCCUACCUGUCAGCUCAGUACCUGUUAAAGCCAGACAUGAAAAUAUUUAGAUGUGACCUGCCAAUGUUAAAAGACCUCCAGAUUAUCCCAGAUGCAGAGUUGUUGCGAACUAUUGCUGGAAAUCUGAGUGUAUUAUUCAGCAUACAGUUUUUAUCUCUACCAUCUGUCAGUGAUGUGAUGAUCAGAUUUGUCAAGUUAUUUAGUUUGCCAGAGUCGGUGGGAAUCAUGGCACAAGAACUUGUUUUAUUAGGAAGUAAAAUGAUUAAGCCUUUACAAGGUGUUAGAAUUCCAGCCAUUGAAGUUAUGGCCAUGGCAGCCAUUAUUGUAGUUCUGAAGGCAUACUGUGGCAUCGAUGGCACUACUGAAGUUCAGCUUUCACAUUUUGCAGUGAAGAUUAAUGAAGAAAUUCAGCCCCAUAAUACCAUAUCACCACUCUUUUCAUGGGUAGAAUGGGAGAGGCAUGUGUGUAAGCUGAUAUGGUUCUGUAGCCAUGUGGACCCUGUGUGUGCACACCAUUGUCAGAAAUAUGAACAUUUGGUCACAAUGGACCCAUCACUGUUUUGCCAGUUCUACUGGAGUGAAGGAGUUUGGAGACAUCAGCAAACUUUAUCAAAGAAAGAUAAAUUACUGCAGUCUGUUACGAAGAAAUUUCUGGAUUGCAAAGGCGAUUCGCUUGACAAGCUUCUCAGUCAGCCUAGUAUAUUUAAGCCAACCCUUGAACCCUUCAUGAGCAUUGUUGAGCAGUUCCUGCAGCAGCAACACAGAGGUGAUAAAAUCCACAACAUUCAUCACAUGAUUAAGGUUGCCGAAGAACUUGUGAACAAAUCCUUCACUCACUAUUCUGUGAAUUGGACUGAGAAUUUGGAUGAAAUACAAAAGGAGUUGAAGAAAAGAAAGUCAAGAAUUAUUGUUCAGCCAGAAAGAGUUUCCAUUAGCCACAAUGCAAGAAAGAAAAAGCUUGACUCUGAUAAUGAAAAUAAUUUCUCUGUUUUAUCCUCAUCUGAUGAUAAUGACAGACCAGGAGGAAGGGAAAGUACACAAACUGUUUUCAAUAUUCCUCAGCCUCUGAAACACGUUUGGAUGUUAAAACAUUUCCGUAAAAAAUAUUAUAAAAAUACACUCGGUGAUCUCCCUUCCAGUUUUCAGUGGCUUGUGAGCCUUGGAAGUUUGGUGUGUGAAACAGUUGAAAGUGAUAUUUUGUAUUAUAUUCUACAGCUUGAUAAAAUAACAACAAAAAAAGAAAAGGAUAUAGUAAAUGGUACUAAUAGGGGAUUGUCCAAGAGUUCAUUAUAUUGGAAUAAUGGUAAAAAAUAGCAGUGAAAUUAAAUAAAGGACUCUGCUGUAUACCUGAUAUAAUACUGUACCUGCAAUUUAGUCAUAUUGCAAUGAACACUGAAAAUACAGGAGUCGGAAGUUACAAUUUAUGUAGUGGAUUUCACAGUCCAUUACAUCAAAGAUUUACUGCAGUUUUGGCAUGUUGGACUGAAAUGUUUUGCAAUUAUUUACUAUACACACAUUCCCUAAAACCAUGUGACGCACUUAAGUCAUCUUAGUUUAAAGUGCUGACCAUAGUUCUGGUUAGUUUUUUGUAUUUAUACACUGUAUUUCUUCUACAUACUGUUUGAGUUGCCCAAGAAUUGUUUUAGAUAAUCACCUCAGAAUCUGUAAUAUGCAGCACUGAUCUGUAAACAUGUUCAUUUUUGUAAUCUUCAUGGUGGCAGUUUCCUGAACUAAUUAUAUAAUAAUUUCAUAAGGGUAUUAUUAAGGAAGGGGUAGCAGUAAUGUUGAAUAUUCAGUUAUGGAAGGAGAAAAGAGAAUAUGAAUGUGUAAAUGCAAAAAUUAUGUGGAUUAAAGUAAAGGUUGGAUGCGAGAAGUGGGUCAUAAUAAGCGUGUAUGCACCUGGAGAAGAGAGGAAUGCAGAGGAGAGAGAGAGAUUUUGGGAGAUGUUAAGUGAAUGUAUAGGAGCCUUUGAACCAAGUGAGAGAGUAAUUGUGGUAGGGGACCUGAAUGCUAAAGUAGGAGAAACUUUUAGAGAGGGUGUGGUAGGUUAGUUUGGGGUGCCAGGUGUAAAUGAUAAUGGGAGCCCUUUGAUUGAACUUUGUAUAGAAAGGGGUUUAGUUAUAGGUAAUACAUAUUUUAAGAAAAAGAGGAUAAAUAAGUAUACAAGAUGUGAUGUAGGGCGAAAUGACAGUAGUUUGUUGGAUUAUGUAUUGGUGGAUAGAAGACUGUUGAGUAGACUUCAGGAUGUACAUGUUUAUAGAGGGGCCACAGAUAUAUCAGAUCACCUUCUAGUUGUAGCUACACUGAUAGUAAAAGGUAGAUGGGAUACAAGGAGAAUAGAAGCAUCAGGGAAGAGAGAGGUGAAGGUUUAUAAACUAAAAGAGGAGGCAGUUAGGGAAAGAUAUAAACAGCUAUUGGAGGAUAGAUGGGCUAAUGAGAGCAUAGGCAAUGGGGUCGAAGAGGUAUGGGGUAGGUUUAAAAUUGUAGUGUUAGAGUGUUCAGCAGAAGUUUGUGGUUACAGGAAAGUGGGUGCGGGAGGAAAGAGGAGCGAUUGGUGGAAUGAUGAUGUGAAGAGAGUAGUAAGGGAGAAAAAGUUAGCAUAUGAGAAGUUUUUACAAAGUAGAAGUGAUGCAAGGAGGGAAGAGUAUAUGGAGAAAAAGAGAGAGGUUAAGAGAGUGGUGAAGCAAUGUAAAAAGAGAGCAAAUGAGAGAGUGGGUGAGAUCUUCUUCUUUCAACAUACCAGCCGUAUCCCACCGAGGUGGGGUGGCCCAAAAGAAAAAACUGAAGUUUCUCCUUUUAAAUUUAGUAAUAUAUACAGGAGAAGGGGUUACUAGCCCCUUGCUCCCGGCAUUUUAGUCGCCUCUUACGACACGCAUGGCUUACAGAGGAAGAAUUCUGUUCCACUUCCCCAUGGAGAUAGGAAAUAAACAAGAACAAGAAUUAGAAAGAAAAUAGAAGAAAACCCAGAGGGGUGUGUGUAUAUAUGCUUGUACAUGUAUGUGUAGUGUGACAUAAGUGUAAGUAGAAGUAGCAAGACUUACCUGUAAUCUUGCAUAUUUAUGAGACAGACAAAAGACACCAGCAAUCCUACCAUCAUGUAAAACAAUUACAGGCUUUCGUUUUACACUCACUUGGCGGGACGGUAGUACCUCCCUGGACGGUUGCUGUUUACCAACCUACUACCUACAGUGGGUGAGAUGUUAUCAACAAAUUUUGUUGAAAAUAAGAAAACGUUUUGGAGUGAGAUUAACAAGUUAAGGAAGCCUAGAGAACAAAUGGAUUUGUCAGUUAAAAAUAGGAGAGGAGAGUUAUUAAAUGGAGAGUUAGAUGGAGGGAAUAUUUUGAGGAAUUGUUAAAUGUUGAUGAAGACAGGGAAGCUGUGAUUUCGUGUAUAGGGCAAGGAGGAAUAACAUCUUGUAGGAGUGAGGAAGAGCCAGUUGUGAGUGUGGGGGAAGUUCGUGAGGCAGUAGGUAAAAUGAAAGGGGGUAAGGCAGCCGGGAUUGAUGGGAUAAAGAUAGAAAUGUUAAAAGCAGGUGGGGAUAUAGUUUUGGAGUGGUUGGUGCAAUUAUUUAAUAAAUGUAUGGAAGAGGGUAAGGUACCUAGGGAUUGGCAGAGAGCAUGCAUAGUUCCUUUGUAUAAAGGCAAAGGGGACAAAAGAGAGUGCAAAAAUUAUAGGGGGAUAAGUCUGUUGAGUAUACCUGGUAAAGUGUAUGGUAGAGUUAUUAUUGAAAGAAUUAAGAGUAAGAUGGAGAAUAGGAUAGCAGAUGAACAAGGAGGCUUUAGGAAAGGUAGGGGGUGUGUGGACCAGGUGUUUACAGUGAAACAUAUAAGUGAACAGUAUUUAGAUAAGGCUAAAGAGGUCUUUGUGGCAUUUAUGGAUUUGGAAAAGGCAUAUGACAGGGUGGAUAGGGGGGCAAUGUGGCAGAUGUUGCAGGUGUAUGGUGUAGGAGGUAGGUUACUGAAAGCAGUGAAGAGUUUUUACGAGGAUAGUGAGGCUCAAGUUAGAGUAUGUAGGAAAGAGGGAAAUUAUUUCCCAGUAAAAGUAGGCCUUAGACAAGGAUGUGUGAUGUCACCGUGGUUGUUCAAUAUAUUUAUAGAUGGGGUUGUAAGAGAAGUAAAUGCGAGGGUCUUGACAAGAGGCGUGGAGUUAAAAGAUAAAGAAUCACACAUAAAGUGGGAGUUGUCACAGUUGCUCUUUGCUGAUGACACUGUGCUCUUGGGAGAUUCUGAAGAGAAGUUGCAGAGAUUGGUGGAUGAAUUUGGUAGGGUGUGCAAAAGAAGAAAUUAAAAGUGAAUACAGGAAAGAGUAAGGUUAUGAGGAUAACAAAAAUAUUAGGUGAUGAAAGAUUGGAUAUCAGAUUGGAGGGAGAGAGUAUGGAGGAGGUGAAUGUAUUCAGAUAUUUGGGAGUGGACGUGUCAGCGGAUGGGUCUAUGAAGGAUAAGGUGAAUCAUAGAAUUGAUGAGGGGAAAAGGGUGAGUGGUGCACUUAGGAGUCUGUGGAGAUAAAGAACUUUGUCCUUGGAGGCAAAGAGGGGAAUGUAUGAGAGUAUAGUUUUACCUACGCUCUUAUAUGGGUGUGAAGCAUGUUUGAUGAAUGUUGCAGCAAGGAGAAGGCUGGAGGCAGUGGAGAUGUCAUGUCUGAGGGCAAUGUGUGGUGUGAAUAUAAUGCAGAGAAUUCGUAGUUUGGAAGUUAGGAGGAGGUGCGGGAUUACCAAAACUGUUGUCCAGAGGGCUGAGGAAGGGUUGUUGAGGUGGUUCGGACAUGUAGAGAGAAUGGAGCGAAACAGAAUGACUUCAAGAGUGUAUCAGUCUGUAGUGGAAGGAAGGUGGGUUAGGGGUCGGCCUAGGAAAGGUUGGAGGGAGGGGGUAAAGGAGGUUUUGUGUGCGAGGGGCUUGGACUUCCAGCAGGCGUACGUGAGCGUGUUUGAUAGGAGUGAAUGGAGACGAAUGGUUUUUAAUACUUGACGUGCUGUUGGAGUGUGAGCAAAGUAACAUUUAUGAAGGGGUUCAGGGAAACCGGCAGGCCGGACUUGAGUCCUGGAGAUGGGAAGUACAGUGCCUGCACUCUGAAGGAGGGGUGUUAAUGUUGCAGUUUAAAAACUGUAUUGUAAAGCACCCUUCUGGCAAGACAGUGAUGGAGUGAAUGAUGGUGAAAGUUUUUCCUUUUCGGGCCACCCUGCCUUGGUGGGAAUCGACCGGUGUGAUAAUAAAAAAAAAAAAAUAAAUAAAUAUUAUUUUAUCAAUAUCUACCUUCAGAAAUGGUCUUAGAAUUAGCUUUAAUGGAAUUCAUCUAUUUUUUUUUUUUCAACACACCAGCUGUAUCCCAACAAGGCAGGGUGACCUAAAAAGAAAAAUGGAAGUUUUUCUUUUUUUCAAUUUAUUAAUUUAUACAGGAGAAGGGGUUACUAACCCCUUGCUCCCAUUCAUCUAUUUUUUUUUUUUUUAACAAGUCGGCCAUCUCCCACCGAGGCAGGGUGACCCAAAAAGAAAAUACUUUCAUUAUCAUUCAACACUUUCACCUCACCACACAUAAUCACUGUUUUUGCAGAGGUGCUCAGAACACGACAGUUUAGAAGCAUAUACGUAUAAAGAUACACAACAUAUCCCACCAAACUGCUAAUAUCCCGAAAUCCCUCCUUUAGAGUGCAGGCAUUGUACUUCCCAUUUCCAGGACGCAAGUCCAGCUAUAUAAAAAUAACUGGUUUCCCUGAAUCCCUUCACUAAAUAUUACCCUGCUCACACUCCAACAGAUCGUCAGGUCCCAAAUACCAUUCGUCUCCAUUCACUCCUAUUGAACACGCUCAUGCUCGCUUGCUGGAAAUCCAAGCCCCUCGCCCACAAAACCUCCCUUACCCCUUCCUUCCAACCUUUUCGAGGACGACCCCUACCCCGUCUUCCUUCUCCUACAGAUUUAAAUGCUCAUGUCAUUCUACUUUGAUCCAUUCUCUCUAAAUGACCAAACCACCUCAACAACCCCUCUUCAGCCCUCUGACUAAUACUUUUAUUAACUCCACACCUUCUCCUAAUUUCCACACUCCAAAUUUUCUGCAUAAUAUUUACACUGCACAUUGCCCUUAGACAGGACAUCUCCACUGCCUCUAACUGCCUCCUCACUGCUGCAUUUACAACCCAAGCUUCACACCCAUAUAAGAGUGUUGGUACUACUAUACUUUCAUGCAUUCCCUUCUUUGCCUCCAUAGAUAACGUUUUUUGACUCCACAUAUACCUCAACGCACCACUCACCUUUUUUCCCUCAUCAAUUCUAUGAUUAACCUCAUCCUUCAUAAAUCCAUCCGCCGACACAUCAACUCCCAAGUAUCUGAAAACAUUCACUUCUUCCAUACUCCUCCUCCCCAAUUUGAUAUCCAAUUUUUCUUUAUCUAAAUCAUUUGAUACCCUCAUCACCUUACUCUUUUCUAUGUUCACUUUCAACUUUCUACCUUUACACACACUCCCAAACUCAUCCACUAACCUUUGCAAUUUUUCUUUAGAAUCUCCCAUAAGCACAGUAUCAUCAGCAAAAAGUAACUGUGUCAAUUCCCAUUUUGUAUUUGAUUCCCCAUAAUUUAAUCCCACCCCUCUCCCGAACACCCUAGCAUUUACUUCUUUUACAACCCCAUCUAUAAAUAUAUUAAACAACCAUGGUGACAUUACACAUCCCUGUCUGAGACCUACUUUUACCGGGAAGUAGUCUCCCUCUCUUCUACACACCCUAACCUGAGCCUCACUAUCCUCAUAAAAACUCUUUACAGCAUUUAGUAACUUACUACCUAUUCCAUAUACUUGCAAAAUCUGCCACAUUGCUCCCCUUUCCACUCUAUCAUAUGCCUUUUCUAAAUCCAUAAAUGCAAUAAAAACUUCCCUACCUUUAUCUAAAUACUGUUCACAUAUAUGCUUCAAUGUAAACACUUGAUCUACACAUCCCUUACCCACUCUGAAACCUCCUUGCUCAUCCGCAAUCCUACAUUCUGUCUUACCUCUAAUUCUUUCAGUUAUGACCCUACCGUACACUUUUCCUGGUAUACUCAGUAAACUUAUUCCUCUAUAAUUUUUACAAUCCCUUUUGUCCCCCUUCCCUUUAUAUAGAGGGACUAUACAUGCUCUCCGCCAAUCCCUAGGUACCUUCCUUUCUUUCAUACAUUUAUUAAACAAAAGUACCAACCACUCCAACACUAUCCCCCCCUGCUUUUAACAUUUCUGUCAUGAUCCCAUCAGUUCCAGCUGCUUUACCCCCUUUCAUUCUAUGUAAUGCCUCACGUACCUCCCCAUACUUACAUUCUGCUCUUCUUCACUCCUAAAAGAUGGUAUAUCUCCCUGGCAGGUGCAUGAAAUUACCGCCUCCCUUUCUUCCUCAACAUUUAAAAGUUCCUCAAAAUAUUCUCGCCAUCUACCUAAUACCUCCCUCUCCCCAGUAUUAAAUAUAUAACUAGGUAGUAGGUUGGUAGACAGCAACCACCCAGGGAGGUACUACCGUCCUGCCAAGCGAGUGUAAAACUGAAACCUGUAAUUGUUUUACAUGAUGGUAGGAUUACUAGUGUCUUUUCUUCUUUCAUAAACAUGCAAGAUUUCAGAUACAUCUUGCUACUUCUACUUACACUUAGGUCACACUACACAUGCAUGUACAAGCAUAUAUAUACACACCCCUCUGGGUUUUCUUCUAUUUUCCUUCUAGUUCUUAUUCUUGUUUAUUUCCAUUAAAGUGGAACAGAAUUCUUCCUCCAUAAGCCAUGCGUGUUGUAAGAGGCAACUAAAAUGCCGGGAGCAAGCGGCUUGUAACCCCUUCUCCUGUAUAGAUUACUAAAUUUAAAAAGAGAAACUUUUGUUUUUCGUUUUGGGCCACCCUGCCUCAGUGGGAUGCAGCCAGUUUGUUGAAAAAAAAAAAAUAUACACAUCACAGACCAGGCUGAGAAACACUCUCCGGGUGUACACUACACCCUCCGUCUUUCAAGUACCUGGUCCCGGAAACACCAACAUUAAUUCUAAUUUCACAGACCAGCUCUUGCCAGAAUGACCAUGGCCUUCAUGUCUCAGACACUGAACUUUUUUUUUCUUUCUUUCUUUCUUUCUUUCUUCCAAUAACUGGCCAUAUCCCACUGAGGCAAGGUGACCUAAAAAGAAAAAUACAAGUUUUUCUUUUUAAAUUUAAUAAUGCUUAAUUUCUUACAUGUUUGAAAAUAAAAGGAUUAGGUUUGCAGUAAAACUCCUUUGAGUAUCAGUGCUUUAUUUUUCACUUACAGUAAUGCAGUUCACCUCUAAUUUCAUCCAUUUAUCUAGUUGGCACAUGCUAUUUCAUACAGAUAAUAUAUAUUAUGUCAAUUUAUAUCAAUGUAGGUAGCAUUUACACUUUGAUUUAGUGCUACAGCCCCCUUCUUUCCCUCUCCAUCUGUGGUAUAUUGCUGUAAUACUGUUACUUAGAUGGUUGUAACACUGUAUUACUUAUUACCAUACUGUACUUGGACAUGCUGUUGAGGCAAUGAAUGAUAUUGUUCCAAGUAAGUAGUUUUCUUUAAUGUUGUGUUGAACUUUUUACUCAGACAUGAUUUAAGAAAAUUUAUCACCCAUCUCUCACUUUUUACAUACCUGGUACAUGCUUCAUAAAACAUAGCUGUCUUUAUUAGCACUUCUAAACUUCAUUAUGCAUAGACUAUUAAAGUGAUUCCUUUGUAAUAUUUGUAUGUGGCUGGGAGGUUAUAUAGUAUGUAAAAUUAUUCAAGAAAUUGGAAUGCAAAUCACGACUAUACAGUGAUAAAUCUUCAAGCUUGAUAUAGGUUACUGUUAGUAUUGAGUACAUAAAGUCAUAACUUUUCUCUUGCAGAAGAAUAAAGCAGUAUUGUGCAAAAUGUUUGAGAUACUCUAUCACUCAUCACUCCGUCAAAUAAAGAAAAGUUAAGCAGUUAUCUUGUGUCAAUGUUGAUAUAGUUUUCUGGGUUUGACAUUAGAUACCCUAAACUAACUUUGAUCACAGUAAACAUUCUCUGCCUCAAGUAUAUUGUAGGAUACAGUGUUGAGAUCUAAUAUAGUGUGUGUAUCUUACCAGAAGUAAUUUAAGAGAAAAUGAGUGAUAAAGUAGCACAGUUUUUCAGUCUUUUUACAAAGAGCAAAGUAAUUACUUCCUGAGAGUGAUUAGUAUUUAAAAUAGAAAGGUGAUACAUGUAUUAGUUACUGAGAGGUAUUAGUAUCUUAAGUAGGAAGUGAGUUAGUAUGCAAGAGUGUGUGUACUCAUCUAUUUGUGGUUACAGGGGUCAAGUCACAGUUCCUGGCUGUUAAUGUAUGUGUGUGUGUGUGUGUUUUUAGUAUACAAAGUUGAAUUAACAAUAGUGAGUGUUUCCUUAUUUUGGUUGGUCUACCUUGGUAGGAAAUGGUUAAUACUUAAAAAAAAUUAGAUGGUAAGGUAUGACUUCCUUUUCUAAACCCAUGUUUUUGAUCUAUCGUGUCUGUAUUUUCCUUAAUCUUAGGAUCUUCUCUAGGACUUCAUGGGAUGUAUAGGGGAAGGAUACUGGCCAGUUAUUUAAGGAUUCUCCUUGUCCCCAUUUUUUUUCUUAAUAUUGGCAGUUUUCCAUCUACUUGGAACGUAUCUCUGUAAGUUUCACAAGUGGUUAGUGUUGUAUGACCCUGGUGGUUUAGCGCUUAGUUUUGAUUAUAAUAAUAAUUCACAAGUGGUACAUAUUGUAGCUCUUUGAUAGUGUCUUAUUCAAAAUAUAAGGCCCCUCCUGCAGUAUUUAUGAUGGCAGCUUGCCUAGUAUGAUGCAUUACUGGGUAAUUUGUUAUUUAUUUCCUUUCAGUAGGACUUGAACUUCAUUGUUGGUAGAAAAGUGAAACAAAAAAAUUUAAGUAAAUAAAUAAAUUUAAAAGAAACACCUAAAAAAAAAAAUAGUGACAGUAGGAGAAUUGACAGACUUCACUGGAUAAGUAAUGACUAUAUGGAUAAACCUGGUUUAGCACUUUAAUAAUAAUAUAAGAAUAAGCAUGUAAAUGGAAUACAGAAAAAAAAUCAAAUAUUAUAGCACUAUUGUGCAUUGCUACGAGUCAUUAAUAAAAUUAUUUGUACUUGACAAUAUUAUAAAUGCUAAAA